AUGAAGAACUUCAUUCUCUUGGCUGUUUCUUCCAUCCUGUUGGUGGACUUGUUCCCCACGCACUGCGGGCACAAUGUAGAUCUGUCCAAGGCCAUAAAUUUAAAUGGAGUAAACUUCAAUAAUGUAGACGCCAGUUCACUUGGCGCGGCACACGUAGGACAAAGUGCUAGCCGAGGCAGAGGACUUGGUGAGAACCCAGAUGACGAGGAAGGAGAUGCUAAAAAAAAAAAGGAUGGAAAGAAAGCAGAACCAAAAAAUCCACGUGAAAAUAAGCUGAAACAACCAGGAGACAGAGCAGAUGGACAGCCAGCAGGAGACAGAGCAGAUGGACAGCCAGCAGGAGACAGAGCAGAUGGACAGCCAGCAGGUGAUAGAGCAGAUGGACAACCAGCAGGAGAUAGAGCAGCUGGACAGCCAGCAGGAGAUAGAGCAGAUGGACAGCCAGCAGGAGACAGAGCAGAUGGACAGCCAGCAGGAGACAGAGCAGAUGGACAGCCAGCAGGAGACAGAGCAGAUGGACAGCCAGCAGGUGAUAGAGCAGCUGGACAACCAGCAGGUGAUAGAGCAGCUGGACAGCCAGCAGGCGAUAGAGCAGAUGGACAGCCAGCAGGAGAUAGAGCAGCUGGACAGCCAGCAGGCGAUAGAGCAGAUGGACAGCCAGCAGGAGAUAGAGCAGCUGGACAACCAGCAGGAGAUAGAGCAGAUGGACAACCAGCAGGAGAUAGAGCAGCUGGACAGCCAGCAGGAGAUAGAGCAGCUGGACAGCCAGCAGGAGAUAGAGCAGCUGGACAGGCAGCAGGAGAUAGAGCAGCUGGACAGGCAGCAGGAGGAAACGCAGGAGGACAGGGACAAAAUAAUGAAGGUGCGAAUGCCCCAAAUGAAAAGUCUGUGAAAGAAUACCUAGAUAAAGUUAGAGCUACCGUUGGCACCGAAUGGACUCCAUGCAGUGUAACCUGUGGAGUGGGUGUAAGAGUCAGAAGAAGAGUUAAUGCAGCUAACAAAAAACCAGAGGAUCUUACUUUGAAUGACCUUGAGACUGAUGUUUGUACAAUGGAUAAGUGUGCUGGCAUAUUUAACGUUGUGAGUAAUUCAUUAGGGCUAGUCAUAUUGUUAGUCCUAGCAUUAUUCAAUUAA